UGCGGCAAGGCGUUUACGCGGCCAUGCAAGCUAGAGGAGCACAGCCACAUGCAUACCGGCGCCCGCCCCUACGCCUGCCCCUUCCCGGGCUGCACCAAGACAUACAUGCGCGACACGCACCUGGCUGUCCACACCCGCACGCACUCACCGGCGCUCCGCCACAAGUACCAGUGCUCGCUCUGCCCCAAGGGCUUCGCGACCAACCAGCAUCUGAAGCGACACAUGCGAACCCACGAAACACCCAAGCCCUUCGCCUGCACCUCCUGCCCAAUGGCGUUUGCCAAGAAGAGCCAGCUUCAUGUCCACACAAGCAAGCAUACGGGCGAGCCGCCCUACAAGUGCAGCGAGUGUGGCCAUGGCUACAUGCACCCGUCGCAGCUGAAGCGGCACCGGAUGAAGCACUCGACACAAGACACGUAUCGGUGCGCGGUAGGUGCCUGUACGCAGACGUUUGUGACGUGGUCGGCGCUGCAGACACAUAUGAAGUCCCACAAGCCGGAGCCGAUUGCCUGCGCUGAGUGCCAUGAGGAGUUCAAGAAGCGGCACCAGCUGACAGCCCAUAUGCGUAAAUGCCAUGGCGAUACGUCGGUGCUGGUGUGUCCGUACGACGAGUGUGGGCGGCUCUAUAGCGACGCAAAGGGGCUGAACGCACAUGUAUCCGCUGUGCACUUGGGCCGCGCGCGCUUUGCCUGCACACACCCGGGAUGCAACAAAUCGUAUGUCUACAAGCACUCGCUACACAACCAUGUCGCCAAGGCGCAUGGCGACGGGCCGAAAGACGAGCUGAAAAAGACACCGCGCACGCCCGCCAGCCUGGUAGACGUGCUGACUGGCGCCGCAUACAGCAACCCCGAGAUCUCCGGGCGUACCUAUAUGUGCCCCAUUGCAGGGUGUCCAUUCCAGUUCAAGCGCCAGGCCGACCUCGCCAAGCACCUAGCGCACAUCCAC